AUGGCAUGUUACAUCUGGCAAACAAUAUUUGCAGCUUCAUGCCUUGUGAGGGUUGGCGUCAGUGGCAUGGACACGUAUGGACGCGAAUUUAUUUUUGUAUACCCACCGAAUAACAGUGGAUCUAGCAGAAUGAACGCUACAUUGAAUAUUAUCAAUCCGGACACAAAGCAGAGUGCUACAGUCACCGUUGAAUAUCCUGAAUUUGGUACUAUUGGUGAAAAAAUCACGGCAAGACGAUGUACUGCAACUUUGGUUGUCAAAGUACUGAGCAGCGCUAUGUUUAAAUUUAAUAAUUCUGUGAUUCUGGAUAAUAUCAACGAUGGUUUGCACUUAUACGAAGAUGCUCGAAUUGUUGUCCACUCCACCACUCCAAUUACUCUCAUAGCACAUAACGUAGAUGUCAGCGGAGCUCGCGAUAGCUUCCUUGUGCUACCAAUAUCGAUGGCCGGAAAUCACUAUGCGUUUGCGCUUCCGUCAUCAUCGUUGUCCGGUUCAACAAUGGUAUAUUUCAUACCAGUGAAAGCUGAACUUAAUCAACAAAUCACCAUUAAUCUGAUUCGCAAGGCAUCCUCUCGCUCCUACAAACAUGCUGUACAAGUAGAUAAGGUGCUGGCAUUCAGUUUAUCAGGCGAAAGUGUUACUUUUUGGGCUCAUAGCAAUUUUACAUUCGUCAUUGUUGCUGCAGUACGUGGAUUGCCAACAGUGAAAGGAUCGAAUGUAUUCGAUUUUGGAUGCUUUAUGCCAAGCUCGGUGCCAACGAUGGACUGCGAUAAGUUAUCAGUAAAAGAUAAUCACAUCGUACCACUGCUUACUGGGAAAUACCAUAUGCUUACACCUGUAUUCGUUGAAUGUGAAUCAGUGGGAAUUUCGAUUCAUGGUUCGAACAAAGUUAUCAAGAUGAAACGUUUAAUAUCCACUUUCGUUGAAACAUCUAAUCCUAUGGUAUUUGAUGAAUAUGGAAAUAUUGCCGCAAUAAGUACUAAGACAAUGUUAAAUGUCAUUCGUUAUGGUGGAUACAAUAUUGGAGUACUAAACUAUGAGGAAGGCGGAUAUUUGCAUGAAAUACCUGCUGUUUCGCAAUUCAUUUCCGGCAUGAUUCCAGUUAUUGUACCCAGCGAAAGUAAUCAAGUUACUGUGAUAGCAGACUAUAAAGCAAUGUCAAGCGCUUUUUUUGAUGGCGAAACUAGCUUAUCAUUUGCCGUACUGCCAUUUCUAAAUAGUUCAUUAUAUUAUGCAUCCGGCAGUAUAUCCUCCGGUUUCCAUUUCUUCUACGCCGAUGGUCUGUACAUCAUGUUUGUCACCGGUCGCACGAAUAAUAGUGCUUAUGGAUUUGUCCCGGCUUUUAACAGCCGAAAAGCUAUCAAGAUGGAUUCUGCUACAACUUCUUUUCCGGAAUUUUUGAGUGAGUCGACUAUAAUGUUGCAACAAGCAGUAACAACUUCAUCAGUUCAAAUGUUUAUUUUGAAUGAGAAUACCUUCACAACAAAGCAUACACCGUACACCCGUUGUAUUCGUGGUAAAUCCAACCGAAAUGUUUCAAACAAAGGCGUUUCCUCAUGCGUUUCUAUGGAAUAUACUCUUUUCAAAAAGUAUUUCUAUGCUUCAGAAAUAAGCGAAAGGUUUUUGGAAUAUUUCUAUAAAGAUGAAGUGGAAAUUUCUUAGAAACGUCAGAAAUGACAAAGUGCUCUGAUAGCCAUCCGAUUUUUCGUGUUAAGACUUUUGAUUAACC